AUGAUUAUAUACAUUCUGGUAUUUCAGGGCACAAAGGACAUAUUAGAGGAAGCGCAGCAUAUAAAAGAUGGUGUCUCCCGAGUCCUUGUAGAGUUAUUGAAGAGAGAAUGGCCACAGCUUUGGGAUAAUCUUUUCACAUACUUCACCGUUUUUUGUCAAAAUGGGGUGAGAUAGUGUGUAUUGUAACACGCAUUUUUUCAUGAAAUUCCUGAAUAUUAAAAUAAAAUAUAAAAGCUGCAAUACAAGUCUAUAUUUAUUCUACUUUAAAUGUAUACCUCCAUCUUUUAAAGCAAGUGCUUAAAGAAAAUUGUUUUGAAAUUAGGGAUUAAAAAGGGGUCACAUUUUUUUAAAUAGUUUUUUUGUUAAAAUUAAGAUUCCAUAAAUUAUUUUUGUAAUUAAUUUUUAAUUGUCUUUUUAAAAAUAUAUAGGAAAUAAUUUUCUGGUCCCUGUCAAUCAGCAGAAAUUAUAUUUGCCCAAUAGUGUUGUGUUUUAUUGCUUAUAGUGAGUAGGCCUAUUUCGAAUUGCCCAACCCCAGUGUAUUUUAUGUGGUUAAAAGGUUAUUUUUGUCACUAUUUUGAAUAAAUAUAAUUUGCCACUACUAUAUUGUAUUCUUCUGAGCUGUUUUGAAAUCACCUUAAUAUGACAUGAUCCAGCUUAUGAACUUUAAAUAAACCAAACAUUUUGACUGGUUACUAGUGUCAGGUGCUAGCAAUUUCAUUAGUAAUCGCUGCUUAUAAAUUCUAGUGUAAAUUUCAUAGCAUGUAAUACCUAGUGACAUUGCCUCUAAUGUCAAUAUUUUAAAAAGAACUAGAAUUGUUCUUUUGUACCGGUACUUAAAAUAUUAAAUGCAAGUAAAAAUGUUACCGAACAGUCUCUUGGCCUAACAUUACAAGUGAUUCUAUAUCUCUGUCAUUUGUCUCAGUCUGUGAACAAGUCUUAGAUGAAUUCAACUUGAUUUGAAUCUGAAAUUUCAAGUCUAUUUUCUUUUAACAUAUAUUUCAACUCUAACUUGGGAUCUUUAUUGUGUAACAGUGGGCCUCAGUUGUGCUACAUUUUACCACCUCAGUUAACUUUUCUGUCCAUAGUGUGGAUAUCGGUACCAGUUUGCAUGCCUUUAACCUUAAAGAUGUACUUUCAUACCUGAAUCACAAGAAAUAUGUCCAAUUUUGACUGUAAGAUUUUUUAGUUAAUGGUUAUGCAAUAUUAUCAUAGACUAUAGUUAUUUUUAAUUACUGCUUUUAGUAAUGUUGGAGGGGCUCACAUUUCAUAAUCUGUUUAUCCAUCUAGGAGACACAAACAGAACUAAUUCUACAGACACUUUCGAGGCUUACUGAGGAUGUUGUCAGGUUUCAGAAUCUCCCCCACUCCAGACGUCGAGAGCUUCUUGAAUCACUCACAUCUGCAAUGGGCUCUAUUUUUCCAUUUUUUCUAUAUACACUCAACAAAAAUCUCAAGGCUUAUCAAUCUCAGGUAGGGGGGAAAAUAAAUAGGCCUACCUAAGUAAUAGUUUUGAUCAUAUUAUAUAACCAUAAGAGUAGAUAGUUCAAGAAGUAUUAAUCUGCAAAAGAUGAAAAUGAAUAUUUAACCUUAAACUUGUUUAAUUUGUAUUUAAUUUUUUUAAAUUAAGAAAGAUUUGGUUAAUAAGAAAUUAUAAUUUGUGUGAAACCCCAAAUAGAUUAUAAUUUGUAUGAAACCUCAAAUAAAUUAAAUUUGAUAAAAAAUACCUUGUUUGCAAAUUUUAAAAUUAAAGAGUAUAAAUCAAAUUUUUAUAGUGACAUUAACAAAAUGAUUUGGUUUUGGAUAAUAUUAAUAAAAACUUGUCAAAGGACUAAAUAAAUUACAACCUCUUUGAAACCGGUACAUUACUGUUUCUACUGAAACCAGGCAUAUUGUCAUAACUACAUUUGGUGUAAAUUAAUACCAUUUUUGUCUUACAUCAGUCAGGUAAAACAUCAGAGAAAGCCUGUAAGAUUUGCCAGGUGGUACUUGAAACCUUAACUGCUUUUGUGGACUGGGUCAACAUUACCUACAUCACUGAAAGUAACUUGUUGCCCUUGCUCUGUUCCCUCCUGUUAGACAAGAACUUGUGCCUGCAAGCAUCUGAGUGUCUUCUGCUCAUUGUGGGAAGAAAGGUGGGUUUCAGUUUCUUUCAUUAUAUUUUUUUUAGUAAGGAACUGUUACUUAAAUAUUUAGAAGAGAAUAGUGAAACAAGGGUGGAGGGAUUAAAACAAUGAACACUGAAAUUUCUACCAAUAGAUAAAUAUAUAUAAGUAUUUGAAUGUUUAAGGGUACACCAUCUGAGAGGAUGCCACUAUUAUUUACCGAGGAAACCAUGACAGUUUUAUUGGAAGCUGCCAAGUAAGAUAGUGGCUAAUUUAUUUAUGAGCAUUAUUUCUGACAUAAUCAGAAGACAAAUGAAAAACAGGUUUAAAGCAUAUACUAAAAAAAGCAAAUACAUUUUUUUAAAUUAAAAAUAAUGCCCACAUACACAAAGUAAAUAAUUUAUCUUGCUAGUUUAUAAGGCAUUUGUAAUGCCCAGUUUUUAAAUAUAGAAAAACAUCAAGGCUUUCCCUCUUUAGUUGCAGAAAGCAUUGUGCCACCCACUGAUUAAAGGGUCAGUUUUUAAGAUUGCCUCUAUUUUUUAUUAUUUCAUGAAUGAAUGACUUAUAUUUAUAUAAUAACUUUUUAGCAUGUGCUAAUCAUGGUAAACUUUGAUGACAGCUAUAUGGUCACUUAAUAGAAUAAUUAAUAAAGCUACUUACUAUUUAUCUGUACAUCAGCUUUUGUUAAGAGGCUUCAUCAUUAAUGAUGCAUGAAAUUGUUUUUAUUCAUUUCCAGCAAUGCCACAGACAACAUCACAGAAUCU